AUGAGCUGGCAAAGUUAUGUCGACACUUCUCUUGUAGGGAGUGGUCACAUUGACAAAGCCGCUAUAUUUUCAGGCGGAGGUGAUAAUAUAUGGGCAUCGACCCCCGGUUUCAGCGUUACACCGGCGGAGAUUCAGAGCCUUAUCACAGGGUUUAGUGAUGCGAGUUCUCUACAUUCGAAUGGGGUUGAUCUCGCUGGGGAGAAGUAUCAGGUGGUCACGGCAAACGCAAACACGAUUUCUGGCAAGAAGGGAACGGAGGGCGUAUAUGCCUGCAAAACGAACCAGGUUGUUGUCGUGGCGCACAGUCCCGACGGAGUGGUACAUGAGCAGGCUGCCAGGGUGGUGCAAGCCCUAGGCGAGUAUUUGAACGGGUUGGGUUACUGA